UUUAACCAAGCCUAUUAUGAAUAAUUUCUCACCAUCGUGUAUUUACAUCAGGGGGGAGAAUGGAGGAGGGAAGAGUGGAGGAGGAUUCACCUCCUGUUUCACUGUGUGCCCGGAUAUCUGCCCUUAAGACAAUGGCUUGGGAAGAAUACAAAAGCAAGCCAAUCUCGCAUUGGAUUCUUCUACUUCUAAGCAGUGCGGCCAUGCUUGUAGCGUUUCCUGCAUCUAGCCUUCUCUCUCGUAUCUAUUUUGCCAAUGGUGGAACUAGCAAGUGGAUCAUUUCAUGGGCGGCUGUUGCAGGGUGGCCUCUGACUGCUUUGAUCUUACUGCCAACAUACUUCAUCCGCAAAACCACUCCUACACCACUGAAUUUAACACUUAUAUUAUCUUAUGUUGUGCUAGGUUUCCUAAGUGCUGCUGACAAUCUUAUGUAUGCAUAUGCAUAUGCUUACCUCCCAGCAUCUACAGCUUCUCUCCUCGCAUCAUCAUCUCUUGUAUUUUCUGCACUGUUUGGAUAUCUACUGGUGAAGAACAAACUAAAUGCUUCGAUAGUAAAUGCUAUUGUGAUCAUUACUGCUGCUAUGACCAUCAUCGCAUUGGAUUCUGAUUCAGACAGAUAUGGGAAUGUCACUGAGAAGCAAUACAUUCUAGGUUUCGUGUGGGAUAUUUUGGGAUCUGCUCUCCAUGGGCUCAUUUUCGCUCUCUCAGAACUGGUUUUUGUGAAGCUACUUGGUAGAACGUCCUUUCAUGUUGUGCUGGAGCAACAACUUGGGGUUUCCCUAUUUGCGUUUAUGUUUACCACCAUUGGGAUGAUUUGGAACAAGGACUUUCAGGGAAUGGCAUCUGAGGCUAGAACUUUCGAGGGUGGUAAAUCUUCUUAUUACCAAGUUCUCAUUUGGAGUACAAUCACUUUCCAGUUGGGGGUGCAAGGAGCUACUGCUGUGCUUUUUCUGUCGUCCACGGUUCUUGCUGGUGUUCUCAAUGCAGUUAGGGUACCAAUCACAAGCAUUGCAGCUGUGAUAUUGUUAAGCGAUCCCAUGAGCGGCUUGAAGAUUCUCUCUUUGAUCGUCACGUUUUGGGGAUUUGGCUGCUACAUCUAUGGCAGCUCCUCUGGAAAUAGAGAUCCUUCAUAAUAUGUUGUGUUUAUUUGUUUCAUUGUUUGCGCCUUUCUAUAAUUCUCUCUAAACGAAAUUGGUAAAAUGGUAUAUGUGGUGUUGCAGUGUUGCACUAUCUUUAGGCAGCAAUUUGAAAACAGUUGCAUUGCUUUCAACUUUA